GUCACCGCCCUCUGUGAUUGGCUGAGGAGCGGGGUCCGUUUGACAACUGGGGGAAAGCGGCUCGAUGGCAACAUGAGAAUUACUGUACCCACGACUCCUUUUCGUGGUUUAAUUUUUACUAUUAUUGUUUUGUAUUUUUUUUUUGAAUUGGUGACUUAUGAGAAGGUGACAACAGAGGCGCCUUUGGAAAACCAGGAUCUGAGCUUCUUAAUGCUACCGGUGGGAGCCUUUCUCGCAGAGUAUGGCUGGUACCUGCUGUUCUUCAGUGUGGGCGUCUUCCUACUCAUCCAGGAGUUUAGGAAGCGGGGAACCAACCAGCCACCAAGCAGAUCCUCCCUAGAAAUUGUGAACGAUGCUCCGUCUGUGGUGAGACGCCAGGAGGCUCUGGACGCAUCGCGUCAAAGGAUGCAGGACGAGUUGGAUGCCAAAGCUGAGCAGUACAAAGAGAAGAAGCAGAAAGCUGAAGAAGAGAAAAGAAAACAGAAAACUAUAAUGUGGGACAGCAUGAAGUCAGGGAGGAGUUCUAAGACCAGUGCAGAGGCUGCAGACAAUAAUGAAGGAACCAGCUCAUCAACGGAAGUCAAAUCAAAGAGGAGUUUGAAACCAUUACGAAGUGGAUACAAUCCCAUGACUGGCGAAGGUGGAGGAAGCUGUUCUUGGCGACCAGGAAGAAGAGGCCCCACGUCUGGUGGGUGAGGUUAAAGGAGGUCAGAGCGCCACUGCAAGAGUGACCUCUGACCCGGCUCCAGAGCACACAAAGGUCAACUGAAAUUAAGCUGCCAGCCGUCAGAUUGGGCCCCAAGUUGAUUUUCCAAACCAGUCUUGCUUAACCAGAUAACUGGAUGCCACACCUGCCAUUAGCUGUAAUUUCUGAAAUGUCUUUGAAUGAAUUGGAACCUUUUGAAAAUUCUCCUUUGCUUUAGAUGUAUUUCUGUUACUUUUCAAGUAGGGUUAUGUGUCACUCGUUUGUCUUAGAAACUGAGUAUUAAGCAGCUAGCAUUUCCUGUCCCUUUGUCUUGGCACAGUUAAGACUGUGAUGCAUAUAAUUGGAGCAGGUGAACAGUGCUUCUGAUUCUAAACUUAGAUAUUUUUGGCUUCUGAGCAUCUGAAUGAGGAACACGCUGGGUAACCUUUCGAGACUGACAGCUUCCAAUGAAGCCUUCCUUAUAAAUGGCUGCUUUGCCAGUGAGGGUGGCUGAUUUUUUUUCAGAGGAAUUGUGUGUUAGAUCCCCCUCCCAUACUUUCUGAAAUGUCUGUUAAAGGAAUCAAGCAUACUGUAUUAGAGCAAACAAUACCUGUAUGGUGUAAGAAGCUUACUGCAGUCUGAGGUGUGAAUGUUGCCUCAGAAUUAUUGAAAUAAUGCAAGUAGUUGAAAGAAGUUGAUUCUGCAGAUGCGGAAGGAUUAUUUCCUUUAUGCUCGUUUGCUGCACUUGCGUGUGGGUGUGUAUAGUUUCAUGAUAAACUGCUCCCUACCCCUGAACGGUAUGAAAACAAUUUUUGUUGUAAUAAAAAGUUGUUUCACAAA